AUGCCAGCAGCACCGCCGCCGACGCUCCCUGAGGAGCUUGUCGAAGAGAUCCUCCUCCGCAUCCCGCCCAACGAGCCUGCCGGCCUCCUUCGCGCCUCCCUCGUCUGCAAGUCCUGGAGCCAGGCUGUCUCCCAUCGCGGAUUCCGGCGCUGCCUCCACGAUUUCCACGGGGCACCCCCUGUGCUCGGGUUUCUCCAUGAUUGGGACGACGAGGACAUCCCCGACUUCAUCUCCGCCACUGUGUCGCCCUUCUCCCUUGCCGUCCCAGACAGGUGGCUCUGGCAGGCCGUCGACUGCCGCCACGGCCGCGCCCUCUUCCUCUCUGAUGACCCUGAUGCUGAGGAACUCCUGGUGUGGGAGCCAAUCACGGGUUCCCAGCAGCGUGUGCUAGUGCCCGUGAUGUCUGAUAUCGGCCGCACAACCGCCGCAGUGUUCUGCGCAGCAGACGGGUGUGACCACUGCAACUGCCAUGGGGGCCCUUUCUGCGUUGUCUUCGUCUUCUCCGUUGACAGCGAAGAUCCUGACGACGGGGAAUAUGACACGGCGGCAUGUGUAUACUCGUCAGAGACCGGUGCUUGGGGCGAGCUGACCUUGAUGCAUGGGGAGUUCUACAUGCAUUUCACAUAUUAUUCCAGUGUGCUUGUUGGGGACUCUUUGCUCUACUUCGUGACUGAUGGUGGGUUGAUCCUGGAGUAUGACAUGGCAAUGCAUGGGCUGACUUGGUUCAAGGCACCAUACUCUUGCUACUCCAAGGGUAUACCCAGUUACAUUCUCAUGCCGGCGGAGGACGGUGGAUUGGGACUCGUUGAAGAAUUGGAUCCGCAUCUGCAGUUGUGGUCAAGGGAGAUGACUGAUGCCCGAUGGAUACCCAGCCGGAUUAUCAACUUGGGAAGUUUGUCUCUAAAUGGUGCUCAAAUGGGUGCAGCAUGUCCGGUCCACGUGUUGGGCUUUGCGGAGGGAGUAAGCGUCAUUGUUGUGACCACGGCUGCCGGCCUCUUCACAGUUCAAAUACAAUCAGAGGAGAUAACCAGGGUGUGCGAUGAUCAUGGAUAUGGUGACCUGAUUCCUGUUGUUGGCUUCUACACUCCUAUACCCCGAGCUAGCUUGACCAGGCUGAUCCAGCCCGAAACUAGUUGUCAACCAGUACUUCAUUUGUCUAAUGUCCAGUCUGUCCGGGUCUGCUAG